AUGUCAGCACAACAAUCACACAGUGGCCCUGUUCAACUAUUUUUGGAUUUGGAUCUUUCCUCUCCAUUGCUUAUUCAUCAAUUACGUGAUGUUCCCUCUUCAUUAAAAUAUCAUGUCAUUAUGCUUCCGAUAAAUAAUGCAUUUCAGUUGACCAUAGAUCAAUACAGUGGAUAUGAAAUAGAUCAUGGAAUUUUAUUUUCUGAUUUUAGUGAUGAUGAUUAUGGAAAAUUUGCACAUUUAAUUUCUAAAAGAGAUUUACGAUAUAUUUCUAAACAAAUUAUGAAAUUAAAUAAUUACGAGUUACUUGUUUCGAUUGCUGUCAAAUUGAAUUUGUGGAAUGAAAAGAAAUUUGUCUUGUGA